CCUGCGACGUGGUUUGGCGGUGCUGGUGACCACUGUGCCCACAGAGCUCCCCGUCUGGACGACCACCGCGACGGCCUGAAGUACGCCAUCGGACACUCACCCGUCCCUCGUACCCAUCCCUAGCCAUCGCACCAUGGAUAGUCGUCCAAAGCCCUCGACCGGGAGAAAUCACCCGCAGUCGGCGCCGGAGAUGGUCCGCUCGACUCCUACCCGGUCGCCUCUUCAUUCAUCCCCGCUCGCAAAGGAGGUCCCUCUCCCCGGUGUGCCUACCAUCGAUCUCGGAGAUGACGAGCCUGCGUCGUCGCAUUCGCCUCCGCACAACCACAUCCCAGGUUCGCGUCGGCGGGGCCUGUCGACGUCCACCAUCCGACCAGACCAUGCGAGCGGCUCGGUUCCAGUCGCGCGCGUCGCCUCCAACCCGCUGCCGUACGCCCAGUCCGCGACAUCGUCUUUCUCUUCACUCGGAGUCCACGGAGCGCAACCCGCGACUCGCAGUCGAUCCUCCUCCACUGGCCGGGGCCGGUCAAUCAGCCCGCUGCGCGACUCCAUCUUCACCUGGCGAGUGCGCUCCCGUCGAUCGCAGACGCCGCCCAAUGGAGUACCGCAGGGCUGGUGGAAUUCACGGGAGGUGGAUGCGAGGCCCUGGUCUGAUGUCGAGAAGCGCACGAAGUCGAUCCCGCCAGAGCAAGCGGAGGGAUGGGAGCGAACACGCAAGCGUGUCUCCGAGGCUGUCGUGAAUGUGCUCGGAGUCGCCGAAGACGUUGGCCACGAGGCGCUUGUCAUCAGUUCGGAGCUGCUCGAGUUCGCGCCACUACCAGGCCUCCGAGUAGCGGCGACUGCGCUUCUCGACAUCUGGGAGGCACUGCAGAUGGUCGACGUGAACAGGAUGGCGUGUCUGCGCUUGACGGAGCGCUGCGCGACUAUUCUAUUCUCAGUCCGGGAAGAAAUUGCGGAGGCGGGCGACCAAGUCGGCGAGGAAUUGCUCUACCCGAUCCAGCGCCUUGUCGAAUCAUUCACAGAGGUGCACCGCUUUCUGCAGAAGCAGAACCACCGUCCGUUCAUCAAGCGCUACCUCAAGCGCGAUGAGAUUCAGCGUCACAUUUCUGUUUGCGACAGUGCGCUCAACGAUGCGCUCGGCAUGUUCAGUUUGUCAAUUCAGAUCCGUAUCCUUAAGCAGGUAUUGCGGGCAGAGCAGCAGAGGCAGAUCGACACCGCUGCGCUCUUGGAUGAACUGCACGGCCGGCGCGAGCAGCCGCGUGUGCUCCCCGCCCCGCAGCCCAACACGCUGCAGCUCGCGGGCACAGACGAGCUGCACGUCGCCGACGUCACGCCGAUCGCGUCCUUCGAGCAGCUCUUGCACGCGAGCCCCGAGCAGAUCCGCACGACGCUCAACGCGGUCACGCUCCGCCAGAACGAGCACGACCUCGCGCAAGACACGGCGGACCUUCGGCAGCUCAUGCGCACCGUGCUCCAGGCGAACAGCGACGUCGAGAUGAUCCGUAUCCUGCAGGUCGGCCGCGACGAGAUGCCGGAGGCGAUCAAGGCGCUGCAGCGCGCGCUGGAAAGCGAGGUCGAGCGCGAGAGCGCCGCGGCGGACUCGGAGGACACGGUGUUGGUGGCGUCGAUCAGCUCGACGGCGGUCACGCAUCCGGGUGCCGGCGGCGAGGGCGCUACCCUAAGCCGGUCCGCGACUGUCGCGAGCGUGGAGAGUAGGAAGACGGCGAGCGACCGGAGCUCGAGUCAUAAGCGCACGCCGAAGGACACGCUCGACCGGGAGUUCAUCGAGACAGGAAUCGACGCUCUGCGGAGGCUCAGCACGGCGGAGGUAUCGCUGCCGAGCUGGACGAUCACGCGCUACGAGGUCGACAGGGAGCAGAAGAUCGGGAUUGGUUACUUCUCGGAUGUCUACAAGGGCACUUGGAGGGACCGCACGGUUGCUAUCAAGGUGCUCGCGGAGACGACGCCGCGACAGCUCUUCAUCCAUGAGGUGAACAUCUGGAAGUCGCUGUCGCAUCCGAACGUGCUCGAGCUCCUGGGUGCGUCUUCGACCUCAAGCGAGCCGCCAUGGUUCUUCGUGAGCCCGUACAUGAAGAACGGAAGCCUCGUCUCGUACCUGAAGGGCCUGCCGAGCCUCGACUCUGUGGACCUGCUCAAGAUGAUCCACCAAAUUGCGAAGGGCAUGGCAUACCUGCACAGCAAGGAUGUUCUUCACGGUGAUCUGAAGGGCGCUAACGUUCUGGUGGACGACCGUGGGUGCUGUGUCAUCUCCGACUUUGGCCAGAGCGAGAUCAAGAGCGAGGUAUACCGUCUAAGCGGGACGCCUACGCCGCACGGUACCCUGCGGUGGCAAGCGCCUGAGCUAAUGGCCGGCCAGAGCGAGCUGACGCAGCAGAUUGACGUUUACGCGUUUGCGUUUUGCUGCAUUGAGAUCCUGACAAAAGGGGGUCUGCCGUGGCCAUUGGCUGACGACGAUGCUGUCCGCCACUUUGUGCUCAGAGAGAACAUGCGUCCGGAGAUCCCUCUCAUCAACCAGAAGUGGACUACGCUCCUGGCAGAGAUCAUGCAAGCAUGCUGGAGGCGUGAACCUUCUGGACGUCCGUCCUUUGCUAAGGUCGUCCAAGACAUUCAGCAGCUCCGCCAGCGAGUGGGUGGCGAUGUCAAUGACACUCCGCGUCCGCCGCACCACGAGCUAGCUGACGAGCGCAAGUCUCCCGAUAUGCAUCCCAUUCCGUUACCGCCACUUCCUCCCGACACGACGGCAACAUUCAUUGAGGGCAAUUCACUCUCCGACGACGACACUUCGUAUCAGACAGCUCUCGGGACAUCGCCUAUUCCCUCAGAGCCCGCACCGAGUUAUGUCGAGAAGUUGUUGCCGUCACCGGACCUGAGUCGCCGCUCUUCGUUGGGCAUGUCAGACACCGACGACUCGCAUUCCGACUCUGCUGUCAUGCUCGACCCUCCUGGAUAUCAGUCGCCUCCGCCCUUCGACGAGCGCACUGCGGAGUUCCGCAACGAGCGCCGGUAUCGCAUGCUCCUUCAGCACGAGUUCCACCCUUCACUGUCGCUCCCCUUGUGGACUCCCACCCAGGUUCCACUCGGCUCGGUCGGAUACCUAUCUAAGCCUGAGGGCAAAUUCAUCACGCUUUUCAAUGCCUUCAAGCCGCUGGAGUCGUCCGGUGGUCGCACGGCUGACAUGGCAUCCAUCGAAGGCUACGGGCGUGUCACCACGGGGACGCAGAAGUCUGACAAGAGGAACGUCGCUCAGCGCGGGAUGGACAUGAUCCAGUCGUGGCUGACCUCGAGGAGCAACCAGCCGCCGACGACUGUGAGCCGGCGGUAUUCGUCGCCGCUGCGUGCGGGUCACAAAACGGCUCAUAUGUUCACGGAGUCGACUGCCUAUCGCUACAUGGAGAAUCUAGAGGCGCCGAAACGGUGGUUCAAGGCGAACGUAGACGCGAUCCUUCGGGAGUACGGGGAUGAACACUGCAUCGGUCGCGAGGACAUCUUUUUAGUGAUUGGGACGUUGGAGGCUCAAGACUAUUCGCUCUACGUCAGCCACAGUCAUCCGGAUGGCACGCUGAACUUCAAUGUCUAUUCCUCACCCCGGUCUGGCCAAGCAUGGGGACACUUUGACAUCACAACGGAUUUGUCCUCGUCGGUGAUCGGCGGGCCGGUGUAUGAUGAGCCAGACGGGAACCAGCUGGACGUGAGUGCGAACAAGGUGUCGCCUGUUGGGCGUGGCGGGAAAUGGGACGCUGUGCUUCUCGCGCGGCUGCGCUUCACGACGGAUGGUGUCGAACCGACUUCUAAGUGAAGGGACUCCGGAUUCGCAGCGUAGCAGGUUGUAGCAUCUACUGGACAUUGUACUAUACACCACCACACCUCCAUACCCUUAACGCAUCUCAUGUCGUGUUCGAGUCCCCUACUGCAUUGAACCCAAUGGA